CACAACGAGACCCAUAAAAAAAAUCGAGAGGAAUUGAAUGAAUGAAUGGAGCAGCUACAAUGCUUCCAAAUUUAAAAACCCCUUUAGUCCACAGUCCACUUUCUAAAAUUCUGAUACCCUUUUUGAAAACCAGACACCAAUCAUCAAACAAACAAACACCCUCAAACUUCAAGAACCAACAAACCUUCUCUCUCUCUCUCUCUCUCUCUCUCUCUCUUGUUAUUGCUGCAGUGCUCAAUCAAGUACACCCAUUAUCCUCCUUCUCUUCACGCCUAGCACUCAAAUUUGUUGUGGCGCAUGCUAUAACUAUUAACUAACCCCCUCUCCCUUAUUGCAACAAUUGCAACCUCCUUCCUUCCACCAUCAUACCACACCUACCUUUCUCUCUCCCCUGUUUUAACUUUCUUCAACACUCUCUGACUUCUCCACUUUCUCUUCUUCCAUUCACAUCAUUUCUUUCUUUCUUCCCCUUGUUGUUUAUUUAUCAAUUAUCACCAUGCCCCUCAAACAAUUCAACCAAAGUUUGCAACUUUGAUAACCCUUUGGCCUCUUCUUCUUGUUCCCCUUAAUGGGUCUCUCUCCAAUUCCCCUCACAAAGCCUAUCUAUUCUGGUGUCUGAAUUUCACUUUGGUUUUCAUAUGUUCCCAAAGGCUACACAUUUGGGGUUGUAGAAUUGGAAAUUUCAGAGUUUUUGGGACACCCCAUUUUGAAAAAAGUGUGUGUGUGGCUGCAGCUAUGGUUGCAGAAGCUUGGAUUGUAAAGAUGGGUAACCAGGUAAGUUCCAAUCUCAAGCAUGCCCUUCUUCUUGAAACUUUGACAAAGAGAAAACAGAGCCACAAGAGGUCAGAUACUAAAGAAACCAUAGGUAUUCUUUCUUUUGAGGUAGCAAAUGUGAUGUCAAAAACUGUGCACCUCCACAGGUCACUGUCAGAGUCUGAGAUCUCAAAGCUGAGGAAUGAGAUCUUGGGCUCAGAGGGUGUUAGGAAUUUGGUGUCCUCUGAUGAGGGCUAUCUCCUUGAGCUGGCUCUGGCAGAGAAGCUUGAGGAGUUGAAUAGGGUUGCUAGUGUGGUCUCUAGGUUGGGGAAGAAGUGCUCUGAGCCUGCCUUGCAAGGGUUUGAGCAUGUGUAUGGGGACAUUGUUGGUGGGUUUAUAGAUGUCAAGGAAUUGGGAUUCCUUGUUAAGCAUAUGGAGGGAAUGGUGAGGAAAAUGGAUAGAUAUGUUACUGUCACUAGGAAUUUGUACAGUGAGAUGGAGGUGUUGAAUGAGUUGGAGCAAGCAGUGAAGAAGUUUCAGCAUAACCAGCACGAGGAGAGUAGGAGGGCUUUUGAGCAGAAGCUCAUGUGGCAGAAGCAAGAUGUGAGGCAUCUUAAGGAUGUUUCUCUUUGGAAUCAGAACUUUGAUAAGGUUGUUGAGUUGUUGGCAAGGACAGUUUGUACCAUUUAUGCCAGGAUUUCUGUGAUCUUUGGCGAAUCUGCUUUAAGGAAGAACGCCCUUGGGCUCGGUGGAGGCUCCCCGGGUACACAAAAUGAAUUGGGGUUUGUGUCUGGCCAUGUUAAUGUUCCGAGGAGUUCGGAGAAGUUGAAGCGCAAUCAGAGCAAGAGAAAUGGAUUUCAUUUGGGUUCGGUUGGGAGAAUGGCUGUGGCGGAGAGAAGGGGAACUACUAGUAGGCCUCAGAUUGAUUUGAGGAGAGGUGAGUUGGUGCCUAUUCGACCUGAAGAUUUUGGUUUUCCAUGUGGAACAAGUCCAGGAAGACUUUUCAUGGAAUGCCUAAGUUUGAGUAGCUCAGUUUCAAAAUUUGAUGAUGUUGAUGAUGGCUAUGCUGUCAAUAGGGAGGACCAUCAUAGUAGCUGUCGCAGUGUUGGGAUAGGGAAUAACAGCAUGAAGAGGGAUCACACGUGCCAUUCUGGUAUUCUAAGUCAUAGCCAAAGUGGUGUUCCUUUCACUGGAGAUCUUAGACAAGCCAAAUCUGGUGUGCAAUGUUGCUCAACAUUAGGCCCCAAAAGUAGGUUAGCUAUUUAUGCUCCUCCUUCCACUCUUGGUGGCUGUGCUCUAGCGUUGCACUAUGCCAAUGUCAUAAUUGUCAUUGAGAAGCUGCUUCGCUACCCACAUUUAGUUGGCGAGGAAGCAAGGGAUGAUCUAUAUCAGAUGCUACCUACGAGCUUAAGGUUAUCUCUCAAGGCCAAACUGAAGUCCUAUGUCAAGAAUUUGGCCAUAUAUGAUGCCCCUCUUGCCCAUGAUUGGAAGGAGAAUCUUGAUGGGAUAUUCAAGUGGCUGGCCCCGCUUGCCCAUAACAUGAUCAGAUGGCAAAGUGAGCGUAAUUUUGAGCAACACCAAAUCGUUAGCAGGACAAAUGUUCUGCUACUUCAGACAUUAUACUUUGCUGACAGGGAAAAGACUGAGGAAUCAAUCUGCGAAAUUCUUGUUGGGUUGAAUUACAUAUGCCGGUAUGAGCACCAACAAAAUGCUCUACUGGAUUGUGCAAGCAGUUUUGAUUUUGAAGAUUGUGUGGAGUGGCAAUUGCAAUGUGGAGAUUCUUUUCUCAAUUGAACACAUUUUAAAAUUUGAAAUCUUCAAUAUGGUGGUGAGCAUUUUCUUGAUUUUAAAUAUCGUAGGAUAUCAUCUCAAUACAAUGUGGAACUAUGGACUUUGGUUUUGAAGAUUAAUACUGUUGAAGACUUGGAAAGUAUAAUUGUAUUUAUUUACAGUUUGACUUGCGCAGUGGAUAAGCAGUCAUAUUUACAAAGGGGCAUAGAAGUUCAUGCUGAACUUGUAUAUAUAUAUAUUUAUGUACAGAUUGCUUACUGCUUAGAGUAUGCUUUGUUAGAAUUGUUGUCAUGAAUACCACAGAAACUAGUAUUGGUAUCUUAAUUUUUAAGCUGGUGUUGAUUUGUUGGUGCUUGUAUUUCUAUUAUAGUUCUUUUGUAUAAUUGUAUCAUGAUCAAGUCAUAAGGUCUAGUUUUCUUGCCAGUAUGUUAAUUUUCCCUUAAACUUGUCUAGGCGGUCCAUAGUGCCUAUUCAAUGAAUGAAUGAAUACUGAAUUAUAAAUUGCUAUCUUUCCCUAAGGAUGGAGUGAGGGACUUUA